UUUCCGCCGCGCCGCUUCCGCCCCUUGGCGCUGUGGGCGGCGGCCGCUUGCUGGCGGCGCGGCCCUGUGGCAGGAGCCCCCCGCAGCCCGCCCCGCCGCUCUCCGCCGCCCGCCCGAACCCCCCCGGCCGCGGCGCCGGGCUCCCGCCGCCAUGAAGCUCGUCAGGUUCCUAAUGAAGCUGAGCCACGAGACGGUGACCAUCGAGCUGAAGAACGGGACGCAGGUGCACGGAACCAUCACGGGAGUGGAUGUCAGUAUGAAUACUCAUCUCAAAGCAGUCAAAAUGACGCUGAAGAACAGAGAACCUGUACAGCUGGAGACGCUGAGUAUUCGAGGGAAUAACAUCCGCUACUUCAUUCUGCCAGACAGUUUGCCGCUGGAUACUUUGCUAGUGGAUGUUGAGCCAAAAGUCAAGUCCAAGAAGAGAGAAGCAGUCGCUGGAAGAGGCCGUGGCCGAGGACGUGGGAGAGGCCGGGGCCGUGGAAGAGGAAGAGGGGGCCCAAGACGAUAACUUCUCACCACACAACUGUUACCAAAUUCUGGGCAAUUUUGGAUUUUUUUUUUGUACAGGUCUUGUUUAUGGUAUCCAUUUUUAAUAAACUGAAAAGUGAAAAA